UCUUUGUUUUCUCUGUCUUUGGCCACUGUCUUAGGCUGCAGAUCCGUGGAGCUCCUGUUACUCAUGGUUACGCCUACUAUUUAAAGAGAUAUUGACACACCAGUGGGGAGUUAUGCAAAUUCUACAAGUGAUGGGGAUGUUGGUGACAGGGUUUCGCCACUGGAGCUUCUGCAACCUGAGAGAGAACCAGGACCUGUAACUCGUGUGUAUCUGCCAUAGGAGCCACUUCUGUCGACCCCUGUGUAUCACUAUUAGGACAGGGCCAGUGAUGAAUCCUCCACUUUGUGGAUGUGUUGUUGAGCCCAAUGGAUCUUUCUACCAAGAUUCCACUUUUAUACAAUCUCACAGAGACCAAUGGCUCAGAUGUGACAGUCACUGUGUCCACUGUCAUCAGCAACCAAACUGGGGCCGCUCUGCAGGAUCGAGCCAGCAACCAGCCGAACACUAACUCUCUGCUCUAUGGCAUGUCUAUGGCUUCCAAAGCUCUCAUCCUCCUGCUUAUUUUCCUGCUGUCCUGUCUGGGCAAUUCAGCUGUCAUAGUGAUGAUCAUCAAACACCGGCAACUGAGGACUGUGACCAAUGCCUUUAUCAUGUCCCUGUCCCUAUCCGACCUCCUCACUGCCCUGCUCUGUGUGCCCUUCUCCUUCAUCAUGCUCUUCACCCAGGAAGGGGUUUGGAUCUUCGGUGACCAGUUCUGCAUUGCCAACGGCUUCUUCAACUCUUGCUUUGGGAUCAUCUCCACCCUCACCAUGACUCUCAUCUCCUUCGAUCGUUACUAUGCGAUCGUCAGGCAACCCCAGGAGAAGAUUGGCAGACGUAGGGCCACCCAGCUGUUGGUUGCUGUCUGGCUGACUGCAGUCCUUUUUUCUUUCCCCUGGUAUCUCAUCACACAAGCCCAGGGGCCACUGGUUGUCCACAAGAAGGGGUUCUACCACUGCAUGUACAUCUUUCACUCAGGCAGCUCCCGCAUGGGCACCAGUUACAGCAUCACCCUGAUUGUCAUCUGCUACCUUCUGCCCUUCUCUUUGAUGUGCUUCUGCCACUAUAACAUCUGUAAGACAGUGAGGCUGUCAGAGAUCCGGGUCCGUCCAGUCACCACCUACGCCCAUCUAUUGCGCUUCUACAGUGAGAUGAGGACAGCCACAACUGUGUUGAUCAUGAUCGUCUUCAUCAUCUGCUGCUGGGGUCCCUAUUGUGUCAUGGGCAUCAUUACAGCCACUGGCACCUUCCAUUUCACCCCUAUCAUGGACACUGUAGCUAUCUGGCUGGCUUGGGCCAACGGAGCCCUCAAUCCACUCAUCUAUGCCACCAGAAACCCCAACAUCUCCAUCCUCUUGGGCAGGAAUAGGGAAGAUGGCUACAGGACUAGAAACAUAGCAGCAUACUUGUCCAGCCAGAGUCACGAGGCCAGGAGUAGGGUGGAUAGGAUAAGGGACCGAUAUGUCAAUCGACAGGGUUCCGGCAGCAGGAUGUCUUCCUCUAGCCCUGCAAAUGGAGACGUUGCAAUGUGGGCCUGUAAAAAUCCAGCUGUGCUGUUCUGCAGAGAUGGACAACCUGAUACAAUGUCUGAGGCCACUGUACCUAAAUCAGAGACUGCAAACACCAGCCUUUAAAUUGGAUACAAACCAUUCAUUGCAGAUUAUUCACAAUGGAGGGGUUUAAAUUCAGUCUUUCUUGAAAUUUUAGCAGUUUCUGAUGCAAACCUGUGUAUGAAACGUUUUAGGUUAUAUUAAUAUAAACUGGAAUUUGGACUUGAGGCGAUACAAUCCUAAAUUGUCAGAAAGUAAAAUUCAGAUCCCAACAAAAAAUCAGAAGCAGCAAUGAGAACUCUUUCAAAUCCAUCACACAGAAUACGAUAAUGAGGUGUAAUUUUAGGACAUUUAGUAAAUGUUCUGAAAUGCUGAGUGUAACUAGAUUACAUGUUAUACCAGCCGAUAAUGGAACAUAAAUACCAUUUAGAAAAAUACCCUUUCUCCAAUUCAGGGGACAAACGCAUUAUUUUCAGUUGCUACAUAAUUUGUUUUCUUUGAUAUUUUAAAAGACAGUAUGAUAAAAUCUUUUAAGGUAAUUGCAACAGUCUACUGUUGGUCUGUUUGACAGUCUUAUCAUGAGUCGCUUAAACAUACAGACCACAAAGCCCCAGCUUUGAUUCUCAGUGUUUACUCAAUUAAAGAAUAAAGCUUAAAUUUAUAUAGCACCUUAGGACAGCCCAAAGCACUUCAUAAGCCAAUUAAAUAAUUCUGAAGAGUAAUCACUGUUGUACUGCAAGGGAGAGCAACAGCCAAUUUGUGCACAGCAAGGCCAGACAAGCAAAAACACCACAUAUGAACCGAUCAGCUAAUUUUGGUGGUGCUGGCCAAGCGUUGUUCAGGACAUCAGGGACAACUCUCCUUCAAAGUAGUGCCAAUGGAUAUUUCACAUCCACCUGAAGGGACCUCAGUUUAGUCUGAUCUGAAAGACAAUAAUGCUGGUAGUGCAGAACCUGCACUCAGUACUGCAUUGAUGUGUCAGCCUACCUUAUGUGUUUGUUGAUCUUAGCUAAGGCAGUUGGUCACCAUGACUGGCCUCAGCAAUCUUUGGUUAGAGAGCGAGAGAGGGAUUAGACAUAGGUCUUAAUUGCUAUCCUUGGAAUUCUGCUGCACAUGUGGAGGUUAGGCAAAGAUAGGAUCACAGUUGUGAUGAUUUGCACCCUGCCCCCUUCAUCCCUGCCCUACUGUAGGCAACAUCUACUGUUGAAAUUCACACAUAAGUAAUGACCACGUGGAUGAGAUUUCAGAAGGUGAUCACCACGUCUGGAACCAUGAAGCCAAAACCUUGGGAGAAGAGGAAAAAAACUGGUGAGAACAUAAAAUAAAAUUAAUGCACAAGCCAGUAAAAAGACUGCAGGAGUCAGUUAACAUUUUAUGAUGUAAUGCUGAAAUAUUUAUGCCAGCACUUUUGAAAGUGCACAUCCUAUAGUUGCUUAAGAUGUGUCAAAAUCAAGUAUCUGUGUCCAAAGUGCCAAAACAAUAGGAGAAAUCAUGUUUUAAAAAAAAUAACUGGUCUGUUGGACAUAUAUCAAUUGAAAAUUUGAGCCUUAUCUAGUAACAGUCAAUUGGGAAAGCUGGUGCCCAACUCAUCAAUCAGAAUCUCACCAGCAGCAAUGUCUGACUGAGGUUUCUAUCAAAGCUUGUAACUGUUACAUUUUAGAGCAAUUCUAAUCACAAUACAGGUAACACACAAAAGCUUCUUUAUAAAGCCAAUACCUUGGAGUUUAUUGUUUCUACAUUCAAAGAUGUCCUGGUGGUCUAACAUUUAUUGGUUUAAAGUCUCAUAUAUUGAAGCUUUGCAGUAUUUCAUUCCUCAAUUGCCUUUCCAAAACGGGGGUAAAAAAAUGAGCAGAACACUUGCCUGUGUAGCAUUUUAAAGCCUAAUAUUAAUGUGUUCUUCAGAAUUUGCUAAUGCUUGUGAAAAAUAUUUUGUAAACAAAUCAGAAAUAAAUGAUCUUGUAUUUUGUGUAUUUUAAUGUUGCUUUAUAUUCUAAGGAAAAGGUGCAAGUGUAUUUAUUGCCCCAAAUUGCAGAAUAUUUAUCAUAUGGUGUCAUACCAUGGACGUUAUUUGUCUGUGUCAGUGUAUUCUUUGUUCUGUUAUUAUUAAAGUUUAAUUAAAAAAAUAAUGCUCA